AUGAGAACCGAUGCAACUGGCCAGAAUAAUCACCUCAACUCCAAGUUCAUAGCACCUAAUCAAUUCCUAGCCGCCAACUACUCAUUAGUGCCAUCAUCCUCAGCACCUCACCACCAUACCUCGAAGCAGCAGCUACUGCAGUGUCAGCGAUGUGACAAACACUUUAGCAGCCCCAUCGAGCUCAACCGCCACCAGAGUUAUCCCUGCGGAGUGCCCUUCCAGUGCGGCCAGUGCUCACAGACCUUCAAGUUGAAGCACCACCUGCAGGAGCACCAACAGCGCAUUCACGCCAACUCCAAGUUCACCUGUGAAGAGUGCGACAAAACCUUCCACCGGAAGAGCGCCUUCCUCGAGCACCUGAGCGCCCAUGCUCACGCUAUGGAGUACCGGUGCUCGAUCUGCUCGAAAGCCUUCACCAAAAAGUCCUCCCUCAACUCGCACCUGAAGACGCACAGUGGGCUGAAGCGCUUCCAGUGUCGCGUCUGUCUGAAGUGCUUUCCCAAGAAGGCCGAUCUCACCGAGCACCUGCCCGGCCACCUGACGGCCAAGGGCUACCAGUGUUCGCUGUGCGACACCGCCUACAUCCGCUACAGUAAUCUGGUGAAGCAUUCGGACAAGGUACACCAGAUGGACGCUACUGACGGCCACUAUCAAGAAGGGGACGAGGAGGAGAACCGGAGAAAUGGCGGUGGAGGCAUCGAGAUCAUCCAGAACAACGGCGGCAGUGUCGUGCUAAAGCUAAAGGGAGGGGCUAACCCGGGUUUGCACAUUGUGCAGAAUGAUAACAGCAGCAACCAUCACCACAACAACAGCAGCAACAACAAGAAGCAGCACCAGUGCACGGUGUGUCUGAAGAACUUCACCCGAAAGGACAGCCUCCACCGGCACAGUUUGCUGCACAACGGCGCCAAGGAGUACCAGUGUUCGCACUGUCCGAAGGCCUUCAUCACCCGCAGCCACCUGACGGACCACUGUCAGCGGACGCACAACGCCUUCAAGCAGCACCACUGCACGCACUGUCCGAUGACCUUUCUGCGGAAGAGCGAACUGACGGAGCACCUGCAGACGCACGGCUCCGCGCGGCCCUACCAAUGUGCACUGUGCGAGAAAACCUUCAAGCAGAUGAAGGUACUCAAAGGUCACCUGCGGAAAGUCCACUCGACUAUGGGCCACCGCCACCUCGAGGUACAGGUCAUGGAAAACUGA